AUGGCCCGCAUUCCGAGGCCUUGUCGCUCAGAAGCUUCCAUUCCCAUCAUUGAAUUCAGAAAGCCUUUUCAAUUCUUAUUAGAAGACGUUGGAUGGUCCAGAAAGAACUUCUAUGAUGGCACCAGCAGAGACAUCAUGAGGGAGAACAUACGAGCUGUCAAAUUGCCAAAUUCUAAACCGGAAGUUCGCCGAGUUCCCGCAUUCACUAUUCAAUCUCGCCAGAAUAAUACAAAAGUCAUUGAUCCUCCUGAAAUCGGAAGAAGGUCCAGAUCUGUCGAUCAGAAUCAUGAUGAAACAUCUCAGUUUCGAUUAAUGUAUAGCAGAGGAGAUCUUCCAGUAGCUAUCGAUCACAAUGUUCCGGCAGGAGGGAAACCGAAGUAUCUGCGAUGGGUUAAACAUCCAAGUCUCAUGAAGCCUGAAUCUAUCACCUAUCUUCUAUCCAAAUUCUCAUCAGGACUUCCUAUUAUUGAUCAGCCGUAUAGAAAUAUAGCAGAAUGGGCUAUUCACGACCUCUUGGACUCAGUUCCGGAUGGAAAUCUUAUAGUUCAAGCGAUUCCGCAAAUGGUCCGCGGUAUAAGAGCCAGUCUUUAUUCAUUUGACAAUAAUAAGAGGAAGUUUGCACUUGAGUUAUUAAACAAGAUGACUCGCAUCUCGAACUGUGGGCCGCUUCUAGUACCUUUCUAUCGUCAACUUCUCCCGCCAUUGAGGCAAGUAAGACGAGCCAAUAUUAAGGAGAAAGAUGUGUUGGAAACAAAAAUCAGUAACUGUCUACAGGAGUUGGAGAGGACUGGCGGACCGAGCGCUUUCAUCAAUAUAAAAUAUGUGAUUCCUACCUAUGACUCUUGCGUGAACGGGACAAUCUCAUGA